CUCUUUCAGUACGAAUAAGAACACAAGUCGAAUGCACGUUAUGAGAACAAGACUGGCCGCCGUCAAGAGCUAGUGCAAUCAUUACAUCCUCUCGCUGUCGAAGGCUCGUCGCUGACCGCGAACGCUCGCUAGCUCGUGAUUCAGUUUGGUUUAUAAAGACGACGCACACGCAGUUGACGGGAGGAAAUGCCGCCUUACGGUUGUGACACUUGUGCCGAGGACGUCACGGAAUUCUCAAUGGAGCUGGACCUCGGCGAGUUGUCUGUUGAGCUGUACGAAAGGGCUGGCAAGGAGCUGGGUGAAACGGCGGAGAAAAGGGCCGACAGCCUCGUGAAAAUUCGCAGCAUGAUUCUAGAGAGGGCUGAUUUGGACUGUCGCAUGGAUGACGAUUUUCUUAUCAGAUUCCUCAGGGCCAGGAGAUUCAACUUGGACCGCGCAUAUGAACUGCUUCGGAACUAUGCGAAUUUCAAAUGUAGCAGACCUGACAUCCACGAAAAUGUCUGGCCGCAGAGACUGAAGUUUUUGGGCGACGAUGACGUGAUUUCAGUACCUCCUUACAAGGAUCAGCAUGGACGUAGGAUGAUCAUUUACAAAAUCGGAAAUUGGAACACCUCCAAAUACAAAGUGAUCGAAAUCUUCAAGGCUAGCGUGGUGGUGAUGGAACUUGGUUUGCUGGAAAAGGCCACCUCGGUGCUGGGCGGAGUUUGCAUCUUUGACCUGGGUGGUGUGGGACUCAGCCAUGUGUGGAAUAUCACCCCAGCAGUCGCCGAGACCGUCGUUGACCUUCUUGUGAGGUGCUUCCCAAUGCGCAUUCACGCUAUACACAUUGUGUUCCAACCUAUGGUGUGCCAAAUGAUGUUCGCUCUCUUCAAGCCAAUGCUAGACAAAAGAAUGCAAGACAGGAUUUUCUUCCACGGCUCUGAUCUGAACUCUCUUCACGAGCACAUAAGCCCGAAAAGACUUCCCAAAAAAUAUGGAGGAGUGCAUGAAGAGUCGAGCUAUCGGAUGUGGAUCGACAACCUGGAAAAGAAUCCCUCAGUCAUGAAAGCCCUCCACACGCUUGGAUACCACCUGGAGGAAGGCACUCUGCUCAACUAACUACACUGUCACGGAUUCGCCGCCCUGAAAUUACUCGUUUAAAUAAGAACCGCGGAGCUGAUAAUGACUUUCUGAUCUGCAUUUGGAGUUGGCACGAAUACGAUCAAAAUACUAAUCCAUCAAACGUGAUUCAAUCUGCCAAAGCUGUUAACGAUAAGGAUAAAUGGAUCAAACUUUUCAUCGGGGAUUAAAUGCUUGACUUAUUUAAAUAAUAUUCAUAGUCUGAGGUAAAAGUUAUCUUGGCGCUAAUCCUGUUUUUGCAUAUCAUUUCGAAAGUGCGUAAGCAAUCAGGAGAAGCGUCUCUUUCACAACGUUUUAUAUUUUACUGAAUAAACACAUAAUCUCAUAUACAUAUUCCACAUGUAAGAAGGGUCAAUAAAAAUCAAAAUAUUAAUAUUUUCA